GUAAUGGGCCGGCCCAAUAUUUGGGGAAUAUACGAAGAAUCAUUGAAGGCAACAUAAAACUACCGCUUCUGGCCUCAAAGCGGCUGGUGCUGAGUUCUGUGUCGCAGGUCCGAGUCCUGCCGCCUUGUCGGAUUUCCCCUCCUCGUCACAGCUUGGGAAAGGGUUCAAACUGUCUAAUGGGCCACUGCAUGUCUAAUAUUUAGACAUGUUCAGCUACCUGGAUUCAAGGACCCUACUGCUACUAGCAGCCACCCAAGCGUGCCUAUUAGCCGUUGUCAGAUGUCAGGAGGACGACAACCAGGAGGAUGCAUUUAGCUGUACACAAGAUGGCGAGCGCUAUAGCGACAAGGACGUGUGGAAGCCCGAGCCGUGUCGCAUCUGCGUGUGCGACACCGGGACCGUUCUAUGUGACGACAUUGUCUGCGAGGAGCUCAGAGACUGCCCCAAACCUGAAAUCCCAUUCGGAGAGUGUUGCCCCAUCUGCGCCGCUGACCCGGCUCCACCCAUUGGAACACCUGGAGCUAAGGGCCAAAAAGGCGAACCCGGAGAUAUUACUGAUGUUGUAGGACCAAGAGGACCGUCUGGCCCAAUGGGCCCACCAGGAGAGCAGGGACCCCGAGGACCAAGAGGAGAAAAGGGAGAGAGGGGAACCCCCGGUCCCCGUGGCAGAGAUGGCGAGCCUGGCACCCCCGGAAACCCCGGACCACCUGGACCUCCAGGGCCUAACGGACCCCCUGGCCUUGGCGGAAACUUUGCUGCUCAGAUGGCGGGCGGUUUCGACGAGAAAGCUGGUGGUGCUCAAAUGGGCGUGAUGCAAGGACCCAUGGGCCCAAUGGGUCCCAGAGGACCACCUGGCCCCACUGGAUCCCCUGGCCCUCAAGGUUUCCAAGGCAACCCAGGAGAAGCUGGAGAGCCUGGACAGUCUGGGCCCAUGGGACCCCGUGGACCCCCAGGACCUUCUGGAAAACCUGGAGAUGAUGGUGAGGCUGGCAAACCUGGAAAAUCUGGCGAACGUGGACCUACUGGACCUCAGGGAGCUCGUGGAUUCCCAGGAACCCCUGGCCUGCCUGGCAUCAAGGGACACCGAGGAUAUCCAGGUCUUGAUGGUGCUAAGGGAGAGACUGGAGCUCUUGGAUCUAAGGGAGAAGCUGGUGCUCCAGGAGAGAAUGGAGCUCCUGGACCAAUGGGACCUCGUGGUUUGCCCGGUGAGAGAGGUCGUCCUGGACCUAGCGGAGUUGCUGGUGCCCGUGGUAAUGAUGGUUUGCCCGGCCCUGCUGGUCCCCCGGGUCCCGUCGGUCCUUCUGGCGCUCCAGGCUUCCCUGGCUCUCCUGGUGCAAAGGGAGAAGCUGGUCCUACUGGUGCUCGUGGACCAGAGGGUGCUCAGGGACCCCGUGGAGAGUCUGGUACUCCCGGUUCAUCUGGACCUUCAGGUGCUUCUGGAAACCCGGGUACUGAUGGCAUCCCUGGAGCUAAAGGAUCCGCUGGCGCUCCCGGUAUCGCCGGUGCUCCCGGUUUCCCAGGACCUCGUGGGCCUCCAGGUCCUCAGGGAGCGACGGGACCCCUCGGGCCAAAAGGAACAUCUGGAGACCCGGGUAUCGCAGGAUUUAAGGGAGAGGCCGGUCCCAAAGGAGAGAUUGGGCCAGUUGGUCUUCAAGGUGCCCUCGGCCCCCAGGGAGAAGAGGGUAAGAGGGGACCUAGAGGUGAGCCCGGUGCUGCUGGACCACUUGGACCCCCUGGCGAGAGGGGAGCUCCCGGUAACCGUGGUUUCCCAGGUCAAGAUGGUCUAGCUGGACCCAAGGGUGCCCCCGGUGAGCGCGGACCCUCUGGCGCCAGUGGAUCCAAAGGUGCUAACGGCGACCCAGGUCGUCCUGGAGAAUCUGGUCUCCCGGGUGCUCGGGGCCUUACUGGACGUCCUGGUGAUGCUGGUCCCCAAGGCAAAGUGGGACCUUCUGGAGCGCCUGGUGAGGAUGGCCGCCCAGGACCCCCCGGCCCUCAGGGUGCCCGUGGACAGCCUGGCGUUAUGGGAUUCCCAGGACCCAAAGGAGCAACUGGUGAGCCUGGCAAGUCUGGGGAGAAGGGAUUGGCUGGAGCUCCCGGUCUGAGAGGUCUACCUGGCAAAGAUGGAGAAACUGGUGCUGCUGGACCCCCCGGACCUGCUGGUCCUGCUGGUGAGAGAGGAGAGCAAGGUCAGCCUGGUCCUUCUGGAUUCCAGGGUCUGCCCGGCCCCCCUGGUCCCCCGGGUGAGGGAGGCAAGCCUGGAGAUCAGGGUGUUCCUGGAGAGGGUGGAGCUGCCGGUGCUACUGGACCCAGGGGAGAGCGAGGUUUCCCCGGAGAGAGAGGAGCUGCUGGUCCUCAGGGUCUACAGGGACCCAGAGGUUUGCCCGGAACUCCUGGAACUGACGGACCCAAGGGAGCCAUUGGACCCGCUGGUGGUGCUGGAGCUCAGGGACCCCCUGGCCUGCAGGGUAUGCCUGGAGAGAGAGGAGCCUCUGGUAUUCCUGGACCUAAAGGAGACAGAGGUGACCUCGGAGAGAAAGGACCUGAAGGUGCUCCUGGAAAAGAUGGUGGCAGGGGUCUUACUGGUCCCAUUGGUCCUCCUGGUCCUGGUGGUCCCAAUGGCGAGAAGGGUGAAUCUGGUCCUGCUGGUCCUUCUGGAGCUCCUGGUACCCGUGGUGCUCCUGGUGACCGUGGUGAGACCGGACCUCCCGGGCCUGCUGGCUUUGCUGGACCCCCUGGUGCUGAUGGCCAACCUGGACUCAAGGGAGACCAAGGAGAAUCUGGGCAGAAGGGUGACGCCGGCGCCCCUGGACCUCAAGGACCGUCUGGUGCUCCUGGACCUGCUGGUCCCACUGGUGUUUCUGGACCUAAAGGUGCACGUGGUGCUCAAGGACCUCCCGGCGCCACCGGCUUCCCUGGAGCUGCUGGCCGUGUCGGACCCCCCGGCCCUAAUGGUAACCCUGGACCCGCUGGUCCUGCCGGACCCUCUGGUAAAGACGGACCCAAAGGUGUAAGGGGAGACGGCGGCCCCCCUGGCAGACAGGGUGAUGCUGGCCUUCGUGGUCCCGCUGGAGCCCCCGGAGAGAAGGGAGAUGCUGGAGAGGAUGGUCCACCUGGUGCUCUUGGUCCUUCUGGUCCUCAGGGUUUAGCUGGCCAGCGUGGUAUUGUGGGUCUUCCUGGACAGCGUGGUGAAAGAGGCUUCCCGGGCCUGCCUGGACCCUCUGGUGAGCCUGGAAAGCAAGGAGCUCCUGGUGGGGGCGGAGACCGCGGACCACCUGGACCGGUCGGACCACCUGGACUCACCGGACCUGCGGGAGAGCCGGGCAGAGAGGGAAACCCUGGAUCUGAUGGACCUCCUGGUAGAGAUGGUUCUCCUGGAAUCAAGGGUGACCGUGGUAACACCGGUCCCGCUGGUGCUCCUGGUGCUCCAGGUGCUCCUGGUGCCGUCGGCCCAGUUGGUCCCACUGGCAAACAAGGAGACAGAGGAGAGGCUGGUGCACAAGGACCCGCUGGAUCUCCUGGACCUGCUGGAGCCAGAGGAAUGCCUGGACCCCAAGGACCUCGUGGUGACAAAGGUGAGGGUGGAGAGUCUGGCGAGAGAGGACAGAAGGGACACAGAGGCUUCACUGGUCUGCAGGGUCUGCCCGGACCUCCAGGUCAAUCUGGAGACCAGGGUGCUACUGGACCUUCUGGACCUUCUGGACAAAGAGGACCACCUGGACCUAUUGGACCUGCUGGAAAGGACGGUUCAAAUGGUCUUCCCGGACCCAUCGGACCCCCUGGGCCACGUGGCCGCAGCGGAGAGACCGGUCCCUCUGGUCCUCCUGGAAACCCUGGACCCCCAGGUCCUCCUGGACCCCCUGGCCCUGGCAUCGACAUGUCUGCCUUCGCCGGCUUGGGCCAGACAGAGAAGUCCCCGGAUCCUCUCAGGUACAUGAGAGCUGACCAGGCUUCUGGAAACCUGCGGCAGCACGACGCCGAAGUCGAUGCCACGCUCAAGUCCCUCAACAACCAGAUCGAGAACAUCCGCAGCCCAGAGGGAUCCAAGAAGAACCCCGCUCGCACCUGCAGGGACCUCAAGCUCUGCCAUCCCGACUGGAAGAGCGGAGAGUACUGGAUAGACCCCAACCAGGGCUGCACCGUGGACGCCAUCAAGGUCUUCUGCAACAUGGAGACCGGCGAGUCCUGUGUCCAUCCCAAACCUGCCAGCAUCCCUCGCAAGAACUGGUGGUCCAGCAAGAGCAAGGAUCGCAAACACGUUUGGUUCGGAGAGACCAUGAACGGAGGAUUCCACUUCAGCUACGGCGAUGACAACCUGGCGCCCAACACGGCCGCUAUCCAGAUGACCUUCCUGAGACUGCUGUCCACUGAGGCCUCCCAGAACCUGACCUACCACUGUAAGAACAGCGUGGCCUACAUGGACGCCGCCGCGGGCAACCUGAAGAAGGCCGUGCUUCUUCAGGGCUCCAAUGAUGUGGAGAUCCGGGCCGAGGGCAACAGUCGCUUUACGUACAGCGUGAUGGAGGACGGCUGCACUAAACACACGGGCAAAUGGGGCAAGACGGUGCUUGAGUACCGAUCGCAGAAGACCUCCCGUCUGCCCAUUGUGGACAUCGCUCCCAUGGACAUCGGUGGAGCCGACCAGGAGUUCGGAGUGGAAGUGGGCGCCGUCUGCUUCUUGUAGAAGACGACAAAUCAAAUUAAAAGAGGCUUCACAUGAACGAGGAGACAAAUCAAGACACUUUUUAAAAAUAAUUAUUAUUAUUAUUAAAACAGGACUUAUUUUCUCAAUAAAAAGUGCUUUCUUCCCCCCCCGUUCCCCCUUCUUCCCAAGUGAACUCAGUAGGAUAUCUGCACUGAACGGCACCGCCAUCUCACCUUUCAUUCCCGGCAUGAAGUAGAAAGCAGGCAAGACGAGCGAGAGCAAGCUUCAUGCAUGUUUAUUUAUUUAUUGUUUAGGUUGGGCUGUCAAUAAAAAGCCAACUUACACAUGUUGGAAAACAAAAAAUCACCUCGUCUUCCUCCUCUUAUGCCUGCUUCACCACUCUUUGCAACCCACCAGCUUGACGUUCCUGCGUUACUGCUAUCAAUGGUGCUACAAAUAUAGCAAGUUUUGGUUUUUUAUGACCAGGUGCUAACCUUCUGUGUCUUAGCCACGCCCCCCCCCCCGUACGUCAACAAAGAAAUGGCCCAAUCCAGAAGGUUAUUUUUAUUUUUUAAAGCUACCUCACAGCGCACACUAAAAUAAGACCAAUAAAUCUUUGUUUACACCCCCCCCUUCAGUCUUUUUAAACUAAUACAAUACGAUGACCCCCCCACAACCCCCAACAGAGGGCUCACGUGCGUGCGUGAGGUUGUGUAUAUUUUUAUGAUGAUGAAUAAUAGUGUUAUUAUUGAUAAUAGCGUUAUUAUAUGAAUAUUAUGA